AUGGCCAAACACAACAUCCUCCCCCUCAUCAUCCUCUUCGUCGUGGUCGGUAUCCUCGCCGCAGUGGGGUAUGUCGCCUACACGAUCGCCCAGGGCGUGAGCAAGACGACCCGCGAGAAGAUGGAGCGCAAGAAUAUCGCCAUCACGAAGGAUGGAAUGAAGGUGCAGGUCAAGGAGAUUAAUGACGAGGAGUACAAGGAUACUACGCAGAGUGUCCUCGUCAACAUGUGGAACCACACCUCAUUCCCUGCGUACAAGUCUCGGCUGUGGGAUAUGUCGGGCAAGGAUGAGAAGGUGAAGAAGGGUGCUGAGAAGCGGAAG